CCUUCCUUCAACUCCUCACUUCAUAGCACUGAGUACUAAAUACAACGGGCGCUAGGGGAGCGAGACGCUGCCUCCAUGCAGGCACUUUGCUGAUCUUUGUGGCUGUUCUUUAUUUACCUCGCUACCGACUGUUUUACUCACUGGUGGUUUUAUAUCGUUUGAUUAGAACUUCUGUCUUAUUGUGGAGAACAAAACACACACACACACACACACACACACACACACGCACACACACAGCAAUGUCGUAUCCUCAGGGUUAUCUCUACCAGCCCCCGGGCUCUUUGGCGCUGUAUUCGUGCCCAGCUUAUGGGGCUUCAGCUCUUGCCGCCCCAAGGAACGAGGAGCUGGCAAGGUCUUCGUCCGGAUCAGCCUUCAGUCCCUACCCCGGAUCGGCUGCUUUUACAGCGUCAGCCAGUGGCUUCUCAAGCCCGCUGCCCUACCCUACGGACCCCGCUGCUGGAUUCCCGUCGUACAUGGGCUCCCCAUACGACACGCAUACAACUGGCAUGGCAGGAGCGAUUAGUUACCACCCUUAUGGAAGUCCAGGAUACCCGUACCAGCUGAACGACCCUGCUUACCGAAAGAACGCAACUAGAGACGCGACGGCCACCCUCAAAGCCUGGCUGCAGGAACAUAGGAAAAACCCCUACCCGACCAAAGGAGAAAAGAUCAUGCUGGCUAUAAUCACUAAGAUGACUCUUACGCAGGUCUCCACCUGGUUUGCGAAUGCCAGGAGGAGACUCAAGAAGGAGAACAAGAUGACAUGGGCACCACGGAGUAAAAGUGAAGACGAGGAUGAAGACGACGGGGACGGAGAAAGGAAAGACGACCGUUCAGAGAAGAAUGUCGACAACAGUGAAACUUUAGUCGAGGACGAAGGUAUUAGUUUACAAGUCGACACUCUCACAGACCAUUCUUGCUCGGCGGAAUCCGACGGAGAGAAGGGCAGCUGCAGGACUGGGGACAUCGUUUGCGAGUCCGGAUCAGACACUAAGGACAAAUGCGAGGAUGAUGAUCACGAUAUCGAAAACGAAGAACGCCAGCGAGGCUUGUCUCCUAAGCCUGUGACAUCAUCGCCACUGACAGGGGUGGAAGCCCCAGUUUUAAAUCAACACCACGAGGACACGUCGAGAAGCAAUAGCAAAGCUAGCCUUGACAGCAGAAUUUUGUCAGGUCCGCAGAGUCAAAGCAUCAAACCUAAACUGUGGUCAUUAGCAGAAAUUGCCACUUCGGACCAAAAGCAGCACCCAGGGCAAAACUGUCCUUCAAGCAUACUGUCAUCAGCACCAUCAACAACGUCCCCUGCCAGCUGUGUCUACCCGGCCUCUUCCAUCUUGGGAAGGCCUAUUUAUUACACCUCUCCGUUUUAUAGUAAUUACACAAACUACGGCAACUUCAGCCCGUUGCAGAGCCAAGGGAUCCUACGGUACAAUUCUGCUGCAGUGAGUGCCAACGACGGUCUCCCACAAGCCGUGCUACACGCUGGCGCUACUCACAAACAGAGCAGUGACACUCUUAUUAAGACCCACGCGACCCAGAUGGAACAGCAAUUCAGGCUGUCUAAUUUAGAAUCCAAGAAAGACACCACUGACGCGUGCACUGUAGGAUCUCAACCAUACCUAUCGAGUUAAGAAGACGAUUACGCAAGUAGGUGUCACAAUUGCUUUGAAAAAAAGCGAACAAGCCAUCACUUCUAUAUCCAGUUUUAAAAGAAACAAUUCUCUAUAAACCGGAUCGCGUUCUGUGCCACCGACUG